AAGUGUCACUAGUGCAACGAUAUUAGGAUGGCUAUAAUAUUACAUGGAUGUAGAAUGUUGGUUGAAAUUCAAUCUGUUGAGUUAUGUUCGAGUUUGCGCAGUGGCGUUGAGAAGAUAAAAUAUAAAUAAAAAUGAAGUAUACGAACCACGAACAUCGCUAUCCUCAAACGCGCAUGCGUUUUAAAACUUCGCAUAAAAGUCGGAAAAUCAUUACAAUUUUAAAACGUACUUGCACUGAGUAAGUAUUUAAGAAUACGUAAAUGUUAGGAAUGAUUUUUACUUUUUAAAAAUGGUUGAAUCGAAUUCGGAUUUCGAAAGAUGUUGUCGGUUGUGUGCAGAAGAGCAAGAAGUUACCAUAAUGAUUUUCAGCAAAGAAGCUGAAGUCAUGCUUUUGCAAAAUAAAUUAAAUAAAUACUUACUUAUAGAGGUCGAUGAAGAUGAUAAAUUGCCGAAAAAUAUAUGCAUCCAAUGCUGUUCAAAGUUACAAAUAGUAAGUGAAUUCAUUGACAAUGCACACAGAGCUCAGGAGGUUUUACUUAAGCAAAGUCUGAUGUUAGAAGAUAAUGAUGAAAAUAAACCUAUUUUGAUUACUGACAUCAAAUCUGAAACAGAUUUUGACAGUGAUACAAAAUGCAUGGAAGUAAAUGUUGAUCCAAUGAUGGUUCUUCAAAACUCUGAAGUGGAGGAGGCACCUAAUUUAGAAAAAUCUUGUGAAUCCGUCGAAUAUGAAGAUGAAAUAACUUACCUGAAUGGCGCUGAUGGUGAAAAUGUAACAAUCAAAUUAAUUAAAAAAGGUGAUAAAUUGAUGGAAGACGAUAAAAAAGACACCAAGCCCUUUCAAUGCAUCACCUGUAAUAGGGGCUACUAUACAGAGUUGGCCCUCAAAAACCAUUCAUGGAUACAUUUCAAUGAAGAUAAAAUUGUUAAACCCUUUAAAUGUAGCUCUUGCGGUGACCAGUUUGAAUAUAAAAAUGAAUUGAUAUCACAUCUUAAAGAACAUAGAACACGAGGAAUGUGUAAUAUAUGUGGACGACUUUUCAGGAAUGAAAACAAUUUAGUGGAGCAUAUGGAAGCACACACUUCAACGAGUAGUAGAUCAUACACAUGCAAAGUUUGUGGCCGCUCCUAUAACACAAGUAGCAAUUUAAAAACACAUAUGGUUACCCACAGCAAUGAAAGACCUUACAAGUGCAUUUAUUGUAAGAAGAGUUUUAAGAGAAAUCAAGACUUAAAGUUUCAUAUCAAUCAGCACACAGGUGCCAAGCCAUACAAAUGUCCGUAUUGUGACAAAAGUUUUGCUAGUUCUGGUAAUUGUUAUUCUCACAAGAGUAGAAUGCAUCCAGAAAUUUCAAUAGGCGAUGGUAAGGUGAAGAAGGAUAUAAGCGAAAAAAUAAAGGAAACAAAGAAGCCAGUGGUGAAACAACAAUUAAAACUUAGGCCGAUUGCUCCCAAACCUGUGGUACUGAAAGCUAAUUUUAAAUAUCAAUGUACUAUAUGCCAUCAUAGCUUUAUGAAAAGGGAUAAUUUUAUGUAUCACAUGUACCAGCAUACGGGUGAAAAACCAUUUCACUGCUUGUAUUGCGAUGAAAAAUUUGUAACAAGGAAAGGCCUUUUAAUACACCAUGAUAUAGUUCAUAAUGGGCAAGAUCGGCCCUUAGCACUGCUGUCAAAAAACGUAUUAUUAAAGUAAAAAAUAACUGAUUUUUACAUUCUUACACUUAUUUACACUAAAAAGAUAUGCCAGUUUUUUAAAAGACAACUAAAGAGGUUGGUUUUCAAAUUAAACAAUUUUCACAAUUGUCUAAGAAUAUUUUAUGUAAGCAUAAUUAAAUAAAUAAACAAAUGAUUAA